UAAUCAAUCUUACGCCAUCGAAUUGGCAAGUAGUAGCUCAAGAUUCUUUCUCUUGAUUCAUUUUGCUCUCUGUAAACCCCAAUCAAUGGAUCCACCUGUUUUCCACACUGAUUUUGUGAAUCGGGAGCGAGAAAUUUUGGGGCACUGCUUUGGCGCUCUUUCUUGCUGUUCGUGACAUUAGGGUUUUUUAAUUUCUAGAAUUCCCUUCACAUGAGGAGCGAUUGCUGCUUCAAUUUGAAAAUUAGGGAAAGAUUGCCUGGGAGUUCUUUUUUUGGACUCCUCGAUUAGCGGUGGAUAUGACAUCCUUCACGUGAUUCUUUUGAGUAAUUAAGAAGGGGGAAGAACAGUCUUAAAUUCAUUUGGUGGUGGGUAUUCUCUUAUUUACUGCCACUUUAAUCCUAAACCAUCUGGGGUUUGUGGAUUGUUUGAAAAAUUUGGAGGAUGGAUCAUCCUGAGAUUUUUGGCCGUGGUUCUUCUCGUGUUCUAGCUGAGGAAGAUGAUGGUGAAGAUUUUCGAAGUUGUUGCGAAGAUCACGAAGUAUGGAAAGAAAAUGAAUUUGCAGGGGAAGAACAGUCUGAGAAGGAGGAGGAUCUUGAUGAGUUUUCCGUGAAAUUGUUCUUUAAAGGCGUUUCGAUAGCGGGGAUCGGCGAUCCUGCUUCUGGUCUUUCUGGAAUUUGUGUAUUCAUGGAGAAAUCAGGAAAAGUCCCUUUUAUUCAGGUCCAGAAGAAGCUUGACUUUUAUGUUGAUGAGUUAGUUGCUGAUUAUUUAGCUCUAAUGGAUGGUCUGGUUGAGGCUAUGCAGAACGACAUCCACUGUAUUCGAGCUUUCACCGACUCCGAUCCGUUAUAUAAACAGAUAACAAACGAAGAACAGCCUGAAAUUCCACUUCUUUUAGCGCUGAAAGAAAGGAUUCUUGAACAUGCUAGCAAUUUUGAAGCCUUUUCUCUAAACCUUUCUUCAAGUACUGAUCUCGAGCAGCCAUUUCAUCUUGCGAAAGUGGCUAUCGGGGUUCUUUCUCGUCCGAAAAAAGGCGAUAAAUCCGUUGAAAAUUGUUCUAUUUGUUGUGAUAAUAAACCAUCUGCCAUGAUUGUUGCAUUGAAGUGUUGUCACAAGUUCUGCUCUAAUUGUUUGAAGACUUAUGUUGAUGGAAAAGUAGAGGCAUCCCAAGUUCCCAUUAGAUGCCCUCAAUUGAGAUGCAAAUAUUACAUUACAAACACUGAGUUUAGAUCUUUUCUUCCCCUGACUUUAUAUGAAUCAUUAGAGAAUACCUUAGCAGAAGCAAACCUUCGCUCGGAUAGAAUUUACUGCCCUUUUCCGAAUUGCUCUGUCCUGUUAGACCCGAGCGAAUGUUUGUCAGCUAGGGCGAGUUCAUCAAGUCAAUCGGAUAAUAGCUGUUUCGAGUGUCCUGUAUGUCAGAGAUUCAUCUGUGUUGAAUGUCAAGUUCCUUGGCACUCGUCGAUGAGCUGCGAAGAAUUUCAGAACGUCCCGUUAGAGGAGAGAGACGCUGCUGAUAUUACCUUACACCAUCUUGCACAAAACAAAAGGUGGCGCCGUUGUGAGGAGUGUCGUAGGAUGAUUGAAUUGACUCAGGGUUGCUACCAUAUGACAUGCUGGUGUGGGCAUGAAUUCUGCUAUUCAUGUGGUGGUGAGUAUCAAGAUGGGCAACAGACGUGCCGAUGCGCGUUGUGGGACGAAGAAAACUCCGAGGAUAUGGUCACCCAUUCCAUCCAAGAAUCUGAGCAGUGGGCAUGGGAGACUUUUAAUUCCCUCCCCAUGAUAAUGGACGCAUACUCCGAGCAAGAGAGGUCACAAUUAGCACUGAUUCAACGAUUCCUCGCCGGGGGAUUUAGUUUGAGCGACCACCAACCGUAUCAAUCUCCACCACAAUGUACAGACUCUUCUUAUGUCGACACGAUGAAGGACAUACACCAGCUUCCUUGGCUCGAGAGGUUUGUUUCUCUGAUAAGCGAUAGCUAUUACGAAGAUUAUGUACAAUGAUAUCGAUUCUUAGGUGUCUUACUGAUAUUGAAAAAUAAAAGGGGGAGGGUAAAAGAGGUUCUUACUCUAGUUUUCGUCCAUUUACACCGCCAAGCUUGGCAUUUCGAUGUACUGAAUCAUGCUGCUGCUGCUGCUUAUGAUGUGGCCCUCAGAGGCCCUCCUUGCAUUAGAUUAGAAUGGAGGAAUCUUAUGCAAACAAAUGCUUGAAAAAAGAGCCAAAGAAAUAGAGAAGAAUUUAAAAGAAAAUUAUGUGUUCAUUUUGUUGAAUGAUGUGAAAGUUAUGUCUUCCUUUCUUUGUGAAUGAGAUAGUUUGUCAUCUAAUGGGUGGGACUGUUUUUGUUUUC